UACUCAUUUUGUGACUGACUGAUCUUUGAUUCUUUAUCCUUACACCCCACACCUACGCUCGGACGGAUGGAAGAGGGAUUGGAACAUCCGGAUGUUAUAAACCCCACACAUUUUUUCCCUCCUCACAUUCAAUAAUAUAUAUAUAUAUAUAUACAUAGUCUGUAAAAAAUUUCAGCAUCAAUGGUGGAUCAAAACCCGCAACCCUAUUAUCUGUCUCCACCACCAUCCCCCGCCGUGGACGACGGCGGUUCGAAAGGCGGCGGUUUUCUGGGGCUCUUCCAAAUGGGUCGGCCGAAGCUGCGAGUUACGUCGGAGUUCGACAGCGAGAGCUCCGUGUUCUUUAAUAAAGUCUCGUGCAAAUUGUUGGAUAAUUUGGCGAAAUUGAAGCUCACUUUUCAAAACGACAGCAAAGGGGAAGUGUCGGAGCCCCAAGUUUUUCUCACUUCGAAAUUCCUCUCGGUGCAGUACGAUGUUGAAGAGAGUGAUGCCCUGCUAAAGGCGUCGUUUGAAAUUGUUCCUGGAUUACAAUUCAGAGCUGCGCACGAAGUCAAGGCUCGGCAAGGAGAGGUUGCAAUGGUUGCAGAUCUUGCGAGUCCCGCCUACAAAUUGGAAUUGUCAUCCGCUGUUCCUGCUGUUGGCAUGCCAAGAGCCACCUUGAAAUUUCCUCUUGGAGAAGUUUCAUUUGAGGAGAAAGAGGAGGAAGAAGAAGAACAGAAGAGAGCUUUAUCAGUGAACGGGAUCGUUAAAAGUCAUGUCCUGGAUGGAGUUUGUACUGCCCGUUACAGUGAGGAAAAUUUGGAAUUAAGAUAUGCAUACAAGGAUGAGCAAAUGACAUUGAUUCCAAGCAUAUCUCUGCCUUCAAAUGCAUUAUCUUGUGCAUUUAAGCGAAGAUUCAGUCCUUCAGACAAGUUAAGCUACCUGUACAACUUUGAUACAAACAAUUGGAGCGCGGUAUAUAAACACACAGUUGGGAAGGAGUAUAAAUUUAAAGCUGGUUAUGAUGCUGAGGUACGACUUGGGUGGGCAUCUCUCUGGGUCGGAGACGAAGAUGGCAAAGCCAAGACAGCGCCAUUCAAGAUGAAAGUGCAGUUAAUGCUCCAAGUUCCUCAGGAUGAUAUCAAAUCAUCAGCUCUCAUGUUCCGCGUGAAGAAGAGGUGGGAUAUAUAGCUCUCUGUACAUGGGUUAGUUUGUCAAGUUUCUUUCUUGGCAGAAGCAUUCUGGUGUUAGGAUCUCGCUGUAAUGAUCUUCAUCUUGUCGAAAAUAAUUUAAAUUCUUGGUUGGGAUCCUCACUGCUAUUUACAGGAAAUCUACUUCCCAGAAAUUUCCUAA